CCGGCAAGGCACCCAAAGCUUCUCCGGGGUGGCGACGCUGCCCCAAACCAAAAACCAGCGCCCAUGGCCCGCCACGGCGACAUCGCGUCGAGCCCCGACACCGUCGGGUGCUGCGUGUUUCAAUAUAAAAUGCCGCGCCUCCACACGAAGGAGCAGGUCUUGUGGCAGCGUGGAAAUCAAAUGUCGGGCACGCCGUCGACGCGAUGUCGUCGCCGUCGCUGCGUCGGCUCGAUGGCGUGGAGUUUCCAGGCCAUCGACGCGACGUCGUCCCUGUGACUGCGUCGGCUCGACGGCGCGGAGGUUCACGAUAACCUAACUCACGCAGGUCAUGGCCAACGUCAAGCGCAUCUGCGAACUGAUGAUCGGCGCGAAGGCCGGCCUGCCCGGCCUCGACCUCAUCAUUUUCCCGGAAUACUCGACCCAAGGCAUCAUGUACGACAGGGAAGAAAUGUUCGCCACAGCUACCACAAUUCCGGGACCGGAGACGGACGCCUUCGCCGCCGCUUGCGUGGAGGCGAAGUGCUGGGGCGUCUUUAGCAUCACGGGCGAGCGCCACGAGGACCACCCGCGCAAGAACCCGUACAACACGCUCGUGCUGAUUUCUGAUACUGGUGAAAUCGUGCAAAAAUAUAGAAAGAUCCUACCGUGGUGCCCCAUCGAGGGCUGGUAUCCUGGGGAUCAGACCUAUGUUUCUGUAGGACCGAAGGGCCUCAAAAUAUCUCUCAUAAUAUGUGAUGAUGGAAAUUAUCCGGAGAUCUGGCGCGACUGCGCGAUGAAAGGGGCCGAACUCAUCAUAAGGUGCCAGGGCUACAUGUACCCCGCGAAGGACCAACAAGUACUCGUAGCGAAGGCCAUGGCCUGGAUGAAUUGUGUCUAUGUCGCGGUGGCCAAUGCCUCCGGUCAUGAUGGGGUCUACUCGUACUUCGGGCACUCGGCGAUCGUCGGAAACUGUGUGGAAAUCAACCAGUGCGUCGGGUGCAGAGGAACCGGCAUCGCCACGCCAUCGAGCAGGCGCCGCGAAAUUUUGAUUUCCACGCAGGUCGGGAACGACGGCCGGACAUUGGGAGAGUGCGGCACCGAAGAGAACGGCAUGCAAUAUGCCCAGCUAUCUGUCUCUGGUAUAAGGGACGCCCGUCGCAAUGACCAGUCGCAGAACCACCUCUACAAGCUGUUACAUCGGGGCUACACCGGCACGUCGGCCUCGGGCGAUUCUAGUGACGGCGUGGCCGCGUGCCCCUUCUCGUUUUAUAAGACGUGGGCCACGGACCCGGCCAAGGCCAAGGCGAUGAGCGAGAAGGUCACCCGCGCUACUCCCCAGCCCUGACUCCCUGCACAUACCCCCUGUACAUAAGACUAUGU